CUUUUCAGAACUGUUUCUGAGAAACAGCGUGUAAAGGGAGAGAGAGAAAAAAAUAGGAGGAGAGUAGGGGUGAAAGAGAGUGUAAGUGUGAGCUAGAGAGAUGAGGAGCAGAAGGAGCUGCAGACAAAAACAAGCUGUCUUCCAUUUGGUGAUUUGAUCUCAGUUAUUGAGGGAUAUCUUUGUUGGACAAUAUUCUGGGAGAUUCUGCAAGAGACUCAGCAACAGGGCUGUAAUUCUCACUGAAGUUAGCCACCAGCUAUUUCAGUGAUGCAGUGCGACGAGCUCUCAGCUAGAGAGGAGUUCACCUACAGUCACAUGCCCACUCUGGAGAGGGGUGCUGGGACACUGGGACGACGGGGCGACAGGGGAGCCGAGAGACGACAGACAGACAGGGGGGAGCGGUAUAGGCCCGAACGGGACAGCUACACAGUGGAUGUGAGGGCCAGUGACCUGCAGCUGGCCCAGCCGGAGCCUCUAAAGCACCCCUGCUUCAGCUACAGAGUCUGGCUCUACAGUGUCCUCAUAGGGGGCAGUCUGCUCAUCACAUCUGGUUUUUCUCUGUACCUGGGAAAUGUGUUUCCUGUUGCCAUGGACUACCUACGCUGUGCUGCAGGCGCGGGCCUGCCUGCAGCGAUAGCCAGUUUUGCCAUAGCUAAGAACAGACAUGAUGCGGUGUCUGAUUUCCAGGUCGUCUAUGUGUCAACAUUUGCUGUGACAACAACAUGCCUGGUUUGGUUUGGAUGUAAAUUGGUCCUGAACCCUUCUGCUGUCAAUAUCAACUUUAACCUCAUCUUGAUGAUUUUGCUGGAGGUGUUGAUGGCCAGUACUGUCAUCUUGUCAGCCCGCUCUGCAGAAGACUGCUGCUGCCACAAGAAGCCGAUGUCAUAUGACAGACCUGUGGUUAUAACGCCUGCGGUGUUCCCCACUCGACUCCUUAAAGCAUAUUCUGUGAUUGAAGUAAUCGUAGGAAUUUCUGCUGUAUUUGGAGGAAUUAUUGCGCUCAACAUGGACGCUUUGCUGCCUGGCCCGUACUUGUCUGUCACAUUUUUCUGGAUUCUUGUGGCUUGUUUUCCUAGUGCUAUUGCCAGUCAUGUUGUGUCAGAAUACCCCAACAAGUGUCUGGUGGAGGUGCUGAUUGCCAUCAGCAGCGUGACAUCUCCUCUGCUCUUUUCUGCCUCCGGCUUCCUCUCUUGCAGUGUGAUCAGUUUUAUUGAAAUUUUUCUGCAUGAUGUGCCUCCAGCCAAGCAAUCCUAUGACAUCCUACUGCUGAUUCUGAUGGUGCUGCUGCUGGUGCAGGCAAUUCUAACUUCAGCCACGGUGGUGCACUGUGCCUCCUACAAGAGUCAACUCCGCAUGGGGGCUCCGGAGUGCGAGGACAGCAUGAACUCCUCGAGGCAUUACUGUGAGCAGCAAGCAUCCAAUGGAACGCUGCAGGACAUUGACAAAGACAGAGCCUGGAAGGCAGUAGUGGUCCAAAUGGCCCAAUGAGCAGCCUUCCAAUACAGACAGAAGUUGAUGAUGAAAAAUGGAAAAGCGAGAGAUAAAACAAACCCCAUAUGCUGUGAGCACAAGAGUACAAUCCUGACAAAGAACACUGGAAGAAAGAAAUAGCUGUGAACAUUUAUUCAGAGAUGAAUUGUUAUUUCUUUUGAUGUAGAUAUUUGCAUAGAACAUGCUUUGAGCACUUUGCUCUUAUGUCUGUUUUCUGGGUUUUUAUAAUCAUUUCCUGCUUACUGUAGCGAAGAGUGGCAUUAUUUGAUCUGGGUAUUGAACCAUCCUCUGGAGUUAAAUAAGCACAAGUAUAUUUACAUUGACACCAUACUGGUGCAAUGAACAAUCAGGUUAGUUAGUUAGUUGUUCUGAGCACUUAAACACAAACUUUUAUGAUGACUUGAGAGAUUUAACUUUAUUCAAUACACUAUAUGCAGGCAUUUAAAUUCAUUUUGGAUUUAAUGCAUGAGGCUGUUUUGUCAGCAUUAUCGUCGAGGUUGUACUGUAUAGGGUGAAAAAGACAUACACAUGCCAAAAUACAUCCAACUCAAUGAAUAUUAUUGCAUCGUUGUUUUCAUUUAUUAUAUCCCUACAAAGACAAUUAAGACAAUUAGCAAUACAUGCUUUUUUUCUAGAGGAAGGCCUCUUCGUGUCUUCCUGUGUACAUUGCUGCUGUAGUGGUCGUUUGUUACAGUUUAUAACAAGAGAACUGAACCACCUGGAUGCUGUAUGCAUUAUUAACUGAUGUAAAGAGUUUUAACAUAAAUUCUGUCUUAUUUUGAAAAGUAAAAUGUUUGCUAUUAACUGUAUGUAAACAUGUGUAUUAUGUUUGGUGGUCACUUUUUCUAUUGCGGAAUGUUGCACACUUAAACAAUCUGCAAAUAUUGUGUGAAUGACAAGAUAAAAUACAAAUACAUACAAGACAAAUGACACUAACUAUCUGCAUUCUGAAAUAACCAUCAAGGAAAUAUUGUUCUGUUGUUAUCUUAUGUUUAAAUGUCAGACUGAGCUGUAUGAACAGUUGGUGAUUUAUAUUGGUAU